AUGAGAUCAUCUACUUAUCUCAACAUUAUCGGUAGAAUCUCAUCAUCAUCAUCAUCAUCAUCAUCAUCAUCAUCAUCAUCAUCAUCAUCAUCAUCAUCAUCAUCAUCAUCAUCAUCAUCAUCAUCAUCAUCAUCAUCAUCAUCAUCAUCAUCAUCAUCAUCAUCAUCAUCAUCAUCAUCAUCAUCAUCAUCAUCAUCAUCAUCAUCAUCAUCAUCAUCAUCAUCAUCAUCAUCAUCAUCAUCAUCAUCAUCAUCAUCAUCAUCAUCAUCAUCAUCAUCAUCAUCAUCAUCAUCAUCAUCAUCAUCAUCAUCAUCAUCAUCAUCAUCAUCAUCAUCAUCAUCAUCAUCAUCAUCAUCAUCAUCAUCAUCAUCAUCAUCAUCAUCAUCAUCAUCAUCAUCAUCAUCAUCAUCAUCAUCAUCAUCAUCAUCAUCAUCAUCAUCAUCAUCAUCAUCAUCAUCAUCAUCAUCAUCAUCAUCAUCAUCAUCAUCAUCAUCAUCAUCAUCAUCAUCAUCAUCAUCAUCAUCAUCAUCAUCAUCAUCAUCAUCAUCAUCAUCAUCAUCAUCAUCAUCAUCAUCAUCAUCAUCAUCAUCAUCAUCAUCAUCAUCAUCAUCAUCAUCAUCAUCAUCAUCAUCAUCAUCAUCAUCAUCAUCAUCAUCAUCAUCAUCAUCAUCAUCAUCAUCAUCAUCAUCAUCAUCAUCAUCAUCAUCAUCAUCAUCAUCAUCAUCAUCAUCAUCAUCAUCAUCAUCAUCAUCAUCAUCAUCAUCAUCAUCAUCAUCAUCAUCAUCAUCAUCAUCAUCAUCAUCAUCAUCAUCAUCAUCAUCAUCAUCAUCAUCAUCAUCAUCAUCAUCAUCAUCAUCAUCAUCAUCAUCAUCAUCAUCAUCAUCAUCAUCAUCAUCAUCAUCAUCAUCAUCAUCAUCAUCAUCAUCAUCAUCAUCAUCAUCAUCAUCAUCAUCAUCAUCAUCAUCAUCAUCAUCAUCAUCAUCAUCAUCAUCAUCAUCAUCAUCAUCAUCAUCAUCAUCAUCAUCAUCAUCAUCAUCAUCAUCAUCAUCAUCAUCAUCAUCAUCAUCAUCAUCAUCAUCAUCAUCAUCAUCAUCAUCAUCAUCAUCAUCAUCAUCAUCAUCAUCAUCAUCAUCAUCAUCAUCAUCAUCAUCAUCAUCAUCAUCAUCAUCAUCAUCAUCAUCAUCAUCAUCAUCAUCAUCAUCAUCAUCAUCAUCAUCAUCAUCAUCAUCAUCAUCAUCAUUAUCUAUCCUAAUAGAUUUCAAUAUUAAUUAA